UGGGGAUCCGAAGUAGAAAUUUGUGCGUAGGGUUUCCUUCGUGGGGGCUGGCUAAAUAUCGGCAAAACACUUAAGUAUGUUAAUUGGCUGGGAAAAAUCGUGGGUUCGAUUACCUAACUAUCGCUUUGCCCUUGAGGCGAUAAGGCAUUUCAGUACCUAUGAGUCGUCUCAACUCCCCCAACCUUUGCUGAGCAACAUCGGGACAGGAUCUCUGAUUGAGCGAGCUCCUAUCUACAACUAAGCAAAUGUUGAGUCAACGCCAAAAAGUCGCCUGGUGCUCUUUACACCGAAUAUUCGAUCCUGGUUUUCGCCUUUGAAUACUACAUACCCGUCUGCACUUGCACCGAUCCUUGGUGGAGAAUGCCUCCCGCGCUCUGCGCCCUCUGCAAGACGGAGCGGGCCCUGAUCAAGCGGCCGAAAAACCACCAGAAACUCUGCAAAGGCUGUUUUAUCCGGAUAUUCGAAGACGAAAUCCACCACACGAUAACUUCUUCACAACUUUUUUAUCCCGGGGAAAAAGUGGCCAUCGGCGCAUCUGGCGGCAAGGAUUCAACGGUUUUAGCCUCGGUGCUGAAGACGUUGAAUGAGAGACACAAUUACGGAGUCGAGCUAGUACUUCUCAGCAUCGAUGAAGGGAUCAAGGGUUACAGGGAUGACUCCCUAGAGACGGUCAAGCGCAACGCCAUACAGUAUGACAUGUCCCUAAAAAUAGUCGGCUACGACGAGCUCUACGGCUGGACCAUGGAUCAGGUCGUCGAGACUAUCGGCAAGAAAGGCAACUGCACGUAUUGCGGCGUCUUCCGGCGGCAAGCACUGGAUAGGGGCGCCAAGUUGCUAGGGAUCAGGCACGUUGUGACCGGCCAUAAUGCCGACGACGUCGCUGAGACCGUUAUGAUGAACCUCCUCCGGGGCGAUUUGCCGCGCCUAUCUAGGAGCACGAGUAUUGUUACCGGUAGCGACGCUAGUGAGGUCAAGAGAAGCAAACCCCUCAAGUACACAUACGAGAAGGAGAUUGUGCUAUACGCGCAUCACAAAAAACUAGACUAUUUCAGUACCGAGUGCAUCUAUAGUCCCGAAGCCUUCAGGGGCAGCGCUCGCGCUCUAAUCAAGAACCUGGAGAAGGUUCGCCCGAGCGCGAUUCUCGACAUCGUUCGGAGCGGCGAGGACAUGGCUAGACUAGUCCCCGGCGCCGCGCAAGACGCUUGUCGCUGCGAGGGGAAGAGUGCUGCUCGGCAAGAUGCGACGACUGAGGAAGACAGCGUGGGUGGUUGUGGAUCGGCGAAUAACGGAUUGGGUGGUAAUCAGAUGGCAGCAAUGGAAAAGCAACUGAGGGAAAACGAGGCAGCCGAGGCCGCAGGGCUCGAAACAGAAAUCACCGUGUCUGGGGUUGAACCAGGUCAGCGCCCCGACAAGCCGAAACAAGCCAAAGGCUACGCGAAGACAGCAGGUAUCACUCUUCCUAUCAGGCUGAAGCAGAAGCUCAGGAAAUGUGAGAAUUGCAGCUAUAUGUCGAGCCAGAGGCUAUGCCAAGCGUGUAUGCUCCUCGAGGGAUUGAAUAAGAACCGGCCGGAUAUCACGAUAUAGAUAAGCUUGGGAAAUUGCUGGCGUUUUGGUAUGCUUAGACCUGCGAAUACAGGAUAGGAAUGAUACCCCAAACGAGAAUUUAGAGGGCAGUUAGGAACAAAUAGGAUUACGAUCAAUGCGGAUUUGGUUAACUGCCAUGAUGUACUCGUCGACUUUGUACAAAAGAGGGUUGGUCAGCCACGUAAUGCGUUU